AGCCUGCUGAUGCACAGGCUUAUAGUACAGUAGAACCUUAAGCUUUUUUAAGCUAAUAGUGUUAACGCCCUCAUUUUACGUGCAAACUAUUUUUAAGCUGAACUACAAGGAAAACAAAUCCGAGUCCUUUGUUUUCAUAGCGUAGAAUUCGUAGUGUGUAGUCCAAACCGUGCACGUGAGUGUGGACGUUACACACCUCACUUCCUUCACCACAGUGGUUGUCAUGGCGAUGCGUCGCGCUCACAGAAAUCACAUAGCAAGGCUGAAGUUUGCGUGACAGAUUAAACCACUUAAACGCUUUAAAUCUGCACUUUUUUAUGAAGUUAAACGAGUUAGCGGUCUGGAACGUAUAGUUCAGGUAAAGUAAAAUCACAACAAUAAUAAAAAAUACCUCCUGUAUUUUACAAUGAACUCGUGGGACUUCAGACGUCAGCGUUAAAUGCGGAGUUUUCAUAUCAGGAUUGACAGGAGCUGAGAGACAGGUCUUUGUUCACAGUCAGUCCGUGAUAAAGAGGAAGUUAUGGACAAAAGACAAGCAGAUGUCCCUGAAACGGAUCCCAUGGAGCAUGGUGUCGAAAAUAGGUCAGGUUCAGAUGAGGAUAUUACAACACACGGAGAUGACAGCUCCUAUUACGUCACUUGGACAGUUUACAUUGCCCUAGCUGUCCCAAGAGGGGAAGAAGUUGAUGUCCCUGAAGCUCCUGAAAAGGCCAAGAAAACAGUCAAAGAUUCAUCUACUGGUUUGAUGAAAGCCCUUAAACCUCAGAACUGCUAUCAUAUUAAAUAUAAGUUGCCAGGUGAUACAGAGACAGUCAAAGUGGACCUAAUAACAUUUGGGCCAGUAGCAAAAAUGUACAAAGAAGAUGAGUUUAAGAUUCUGAGAACGUGGCACGAAGGAGAUCAGACAUGGGUUGGUUGGACCCAGAAUUUCAGUGUGAGAGUCAACAGGGACAUGUUGAUCAGUCUACUUCCUCAUAAGAAGAUCAAGCUCCAGAUAUGGAACAGUAAAGAUAAGUUGUCCAACCUUGCCCGCUAUGACAGACUGAAAACCUUCAGACUGCCACAGGAUCAGCCUGAAGAUGCAACAGACAUGUGUGGUAGUGUCGAGGCUAUGAUAAGCAAACUGAGAACCUUAUGUGAGAGGAAGUCAAAUACAUCCCAAAAGUACACAAGUGAAAUACUGUUUAAUUCCAAUUCAGGUGUGGGCUCAGAAACAGGAUUUAAUAAACCCACAACCACUGCGUUCAGCCUUGAGGGUAUUACAAAGAAUGGGAUUGCCUCCAUUGAAAUCAGUCCCAUUUGUUUGCUGGCAGGUGAGACCACACUGACUGAACACUUCCCAGUCUUUUCAUCUGGUGUAUUUGAGGUCAUGUGCAACAUCUCUCUGGAUAGACCAUUAAUAUCUGAACAACUCAAGGCUGCACUUAAUCCACUGGUCAUCAGAAUUUUGUCAGCCACUUCACUGCCUUCAUCCCCUGUCCCUUUCCACAUCCUACAGGAAAAAUGUGUGCCUGUAUACUGUCAGUACAAAUUUCAUAGCUUGAGAACGCACAGAACGCACUAUCACAAGCAUGGCACCAACAUCUACUUCAGUGAUGUGAACGUGAUCCUGACUGGCUUGAUGAGUCCUGAAGAGCUCAACGAGACCCUCUCUGGUUCACCUCUGGAGAUAGAGGUUCAUGAUCGUGACAGAAAGUUGGAAAAAACAGGAAGCACGAUCACUAACUCCCAUGGUAUUGCAAGUCUAAACCUCUCUGAGCUGCUCCAUGGGAAGACAAACCUCAAGGUGCGCCUACCAAUCAAAUGCUGCCCUCCACCUCCACUGUUGGACAGGAAGCAAAGUGCAUGCAACAAAAAGUUAGCAGACAGAGCAGGCACCAGUGAGUCAAUGCUACAAGGCCAUUAUAUUGAGGCCAAUUCUCAGCUCAAAGUCAAGGUUGAGAUAGCUUGUCCACUCAACAUUAAGAGCGCAGGUUGUGAAUUGGAGUUCUGUGAUGGUCGCUUUGGGCGCAUCAUCUACCUCUUUGAUUACAACAACUUCGCUGUGAUGACCAAGCUGAGGUCCAUGAUCCUCACGAUCAAUGCAUCAGCUUUCCGCCUGGACUCACGCUCACCGGAAAACAUUGAGAAAGCCCUGUCAAAUUACACAAUGAAUUUCAAGCAUGAUGAGAGCAAGGACCUGGAUUAUGUUACAGGAUUCCACGUGCUAGAUAAGAGGACCCACAUCUUUGUUCUUGAAGGGUUGAAAAAUAAUGCAGUGAAGAGAAUCUGGGAGGCUGUUCCUACAAAACUAAGUGGGAAUGAGGAGGAGCAGGUGAAAGUCCUCUACAACUCAAACCUGGGUUUCUUGACGCGCAUCUAUGACUCAUUAGAUGUGGGUCUGAGUCCCAUCUGUUUGUCUGAACAGCUAGAGGCCAUCAUGAGCCAGCCUCUGGUCUACAUUAGAGGCAUGGUCCCACAAGCCUGCUUCCAAGCCUUGUCAAGGUUAAGCCAGCUUUGCAAAGUACAGCAACUCACGGAUGUGGUGCAGUACAACCUCUUCCCCUCAACUGACAUGAUUCUCAGCAUGAGCAAGGAGUAUGGCACUAAGCAAAGGGAACAAAAAGUUGUUGCAGACACUGUGGUGGACAUUCCCUGUCUGCCUGUCCAGAUGAACAGACGCACGCCGCUCGACACUCACAACAGAGAGUACAUGAAGCAGCUGCUGUUCAAACAGUGCAAGGACUUCAUUCAGGACAAUAUAAGAAAGGUGCAAGAGGAAAGUGAGCGGUUACGUAAGCCAAAGACUGCCGUAUUAAGGAUGGACCGGUGUGCAGCCAGGCCAGUUCACAACUACAGCAUCCAGACCUACAACUCAAAUGAAAGAGCCAAGGAGCUGCUCUGCAAAAAGAUGGCCCAGAUGCCAGGGCAGAGGUAUACCUACAGUCAACAGUAUCACAGUGCUACACUGGAUCCAGGAGAAGUGAUUCCUAAAAAAGAUUCCUGCUUCACUGCCGCCUCUAUGCUUUGGUUAACAAGUAUACGCAGUGACAAGUCCAAAGUGCACCCUAAACUCCCAGAUGAGGCUCGUGUGGAGGAGCUGAGGAAGCCGUGGAGAGAGAACAUCCUUCACGCCAACACAUUGAAGCCAACCCUUUCACGGGAUAUAUGGGCCUCAAACCAGCACCAUGAGGACUUUCAGCUCUACAGCAAACCGCCCCCUUUCUUCAGCUCAUCUCCUGUCAGCAUUCACCUGGCUGGUGACCUUCUGCAGCAGGAGCAGUUCGAGGCAGCCAGGGCUCAGUACGAUCGCUGGUUCAAGAAGCUGCUUCCAGGCAGCAGCACCAAACCGCCAGGCAACAGAUCCUUCCCAGAGUUCAAGUGUCACAUGGGAGGAAAGUCAGAAAGAACUCAGGAUAUACUGAAAGAUGAACCCAAGAAGUAUUCACUGAGGAAACCAGGCAUGAUGUUGAAGCCUUUGCCUCAACUGUAUGUGAUGAACUUGGGUGACAACAAAACAGAGGAAAAGAAGACAGUGGCUCUUGCUCCAGGCCCCUGUAUGGACUGCAGCCUAAGCAGCAAAAACAACGCCAUACCCAGAUACAGCUCCCUGUCCAACAAGCACCACUGCCUUGGAUUCUGUAAGCAGCGUUCAUUCCUGUACAAGCGGAGCUCCCUGCCUCUAACGGAUGAGGAGAAGACUAUCUUCACUUUUCAGAAGUGUGCACCUAACAAGAAGAUGCAUCAGCUGUCCAGCCUUUCAGCAACAUAG